UGUACGCAACUGGGUGUUGACGUCAGAAGUAUAUAUAUACACAGUGUCGUAAUCUGGUGUAGCUUUGUAUUUGAAGAAGAUAUACAACCGUCUGCUAGGCCCACAAUUGAUCAAACAUGGCCGCAUUAAAUUUGUACAAGCAGACUGUUAGGAAAGCUUUGGGAGACCCAGUCAUAUGCUCCGGUGUGAAAUUGGCCCGUCAUCUGGGUGUGCUGGACACGAUAUCUCAGAAACCCAUGGCGGCACGGGCAAUUGCUACUCAGCUUAACAUGAAGGAAAGGUUCAUAUUGGAGCUUAGUCAUGCGAUGACGGCAUCAGGCGUUGUUUCGAUGAAUGCAGAAGGAAUACUAUCCAUACCGAAAGAGGACACCGCAUUUUUGCUUGAGGAGGCAGGAAAAGCCAAAUGGGAACCCCACCUGGAGGCUACAUUACCUGUUCUUUUAAAAUGCUUCCCUGUGGAUGGCUCGAAAGGUUAUAAUCUUGACGAAGCACCAGCCGUGUUGGAACUAAUCAAUCAAAGUCGGGCCCCUGCUACCGAUAAAUUGAUCAAAGCUUUCAUAGCCAAUAUAAACCUGUACCACCCAGAUAAACAAAAUAUAACCGAUGUCCUGGACUUCGGAUGCGGUACAGGAGAUAUCACCGUUCCUCUUGCCAAAAGUCUGGACGGGGUGUCUGUUACAGGAUGUGACACGUCCCCUCUAGCCAUAGAAAGUGCAACGAAAGCGUCUGGGGGAGUUAAGAACAUUAACUUUGUUCAGGUAGAUACUAAAACACUCGACGAAAGUUGGACCAAGAAGUUCGACGUUAUACUCUUGUUUGAUGUUCUUCACGACCUUCCGUACCCAGAGGAGACAAUGACACAGGUAAAAAAUGUGCUGAAGGAUGAUGGGAUACUGAUCAUCAUUGACCCUGGUGUCAGCAGUAACCCAUUGAAUAAUCUUAAUAACCCCCGCGCCGCCUACGCACUGACCGUCAGCACCUUCUACUGUGUUCCCAGCAGCUGUAACCAUUUACAUAGCCAUGCCUUGGGUGUCAGCUGGGGUAAUGAAAAUAAAGAGAUGUUUCUUACCAAGCAAGGGCUGAUAAUCAAAAACCAGAUAGCACUUCUAGAUAGUUUGUUCUUUCAUACGUUUGUCUGUGUCAAAGACGCAAAGAAGGGUAAAAUGGGAAAGAAAUAAUCACCCUGUCACCUCUCGAGCGGCAAACUUUAUACUAUUUAUAUUUUAUCUGUCGAGCCGCAAAUAGUUAUACCAUAUAUAUAUAUAUGUCAUCUCUCGAGUGGCAAAUAGUUAUACCAUAUAUAUGUCAUCUCUCGAGUGGCAAAUAGUUAUACCAUUUAUAUGUCAUCUCUGGGGCGGUAAAUAGUUAUACCAUUUAUAUGUCAUCUCUCGAGUGGCAAAUAGUUAUACCAUUUAUAUGUCAUCUCUGGGGCGGCAAAUAGUUAUACCAAUUAUAUGUCAUCUCUGGGGCGGUAAAUAGUUAUACCAUUGAUAUGUAAUCUCGGUAUAAAGUUAUACCAAUUAUAUUCAAUCUCUCGAGCGGCAUAUAGUUAUACUAUAUUUAUGUAAUCUCUUAACGACAUGGUUAUACCAUUUCUUAUGUAAUCUCUCAAUAGCAUAUACAUUGUAGUUAUACCAUUUAUAUGUAAUCUCCCAACGGCAUAUAGUGAUACCAUUCGACCGGUAGAUCAUUACCGACUCCGUGUCGUUACAGAAUCGUUACCUGAACGCUUACAGAUCAUUUGAAUACUGUAUUUUGAUUUGGUCUUGACAUUUUAUUACAUUAAUUUUAUUUGGCAGUUCAGCUGAAUAUGACAAAAGGACACUUACCUGUUUGCAUGUACAUUCAUUCUGAAGAAGAUUAAAAUUAUUGUUAAAUCUUA